AAAUACAUUUUAGUUACAAGGCAAAAAUUAUAUUUGGUUAUAAGUCAGUGUUACAUAUUGACUAUACAUAUGCUGUUAUUGUCUAUUGUAUCAGCGUUAGUUGUUCAUGCUGCCUCUUUUAAUUUGUUACUUUAUGCUUGCUAACCAAUCAGUCAGUAGGUUGAAAUCCAUUUUGAUUAAAUUACGUCUAUCCACAAAUUGAAUUUAGGAUGUUUAAAGUUGUUUGAAAAGGAACGUUCACUUGAACGUGUCCUACAGAGCAAGAAAUAUGUUAACCCAAUAAUUAAUUUUCUGUAAUAUAGAUAUUAUUCAAUUUUUGUAUGCAAAUCGUUUGUAAGCAUUAUGUGAGUCUGCAAUUCAAGGCAAGUAUAAAUACGCAACUGGCAAGACUAAAGUAAUGUUUUCUUUUGAAAAUAGUCAAUAUUAGUACAAUUUUACUGCAAUCAUUUUUUAGCCUGAUACUAAAUUAUUGUCGAAUUUUGUUGAACAGAAUGGAGCUAAAAGAAGCAUAGCAAACUUGAGACAUGAGAAUGAGAUUGGUAUGAAGACCCACUGGCAAGUACAGAAUAUGUAUAGAAUAGAGUCGUGGUACCCAAAACUUUUUAGUUAGACCGAGCCCCUUAGAAGUGACAAAAUAUAUGUACUUAUGACUUGGCGAAAUAGAAAUCUAACCAAGCAGAAAAUUCCAAUUUGAUGCCGAAAAUUCUAUUUAUCAGCUUCAACCAGACUUCACCCCUAUCCUCCAGCCCACGCACACAAUUUAUUAGUCGGAUGCUCAACAGGAUGGAAAAUUUGCUAUGGCCAAAAGCUACGAGUAUAGUAUGCACACUGGACAACUUGGAUUAUUCUAGUUUACAAGAAUUUCGAGUCCAAUUUCGAGCUUUCUGGAUGCCUUUACGACUGAACUUUGCUACAUUAAGUUCACAGGGCUCUUUCGAGUCGAGCAGAAUAGUUGUCCGAAAAUUUCGAAAUCUAGCUGUACAAUUAUGCAAUUUGCUAAACAUGGUGUUCAAUUUCCAACUUCCUUACGCCUGUAAAACAUUUCCUGUUUUUUUAAGCGUUCUUUGCGAUAAUUUGCUCCUUACUGUUGUGGUUCCCAUUCUUCCUGAGCUAUUGAGACAUCAUGGUGUCGAUCCCACUGGCAACCUUUCAAGAGUAAAUUCAACCAAGACGUUAGAUGCGGAUACUCACGAUACUGCUGAACAAGCGAGUGGUCACAGUUCAAGUUGUCUCAGAGAGUUAUUUCAUUUACAUCUCCUCCAAGAAAACACACAACUUGGACUAUUGUACUCGACAAAGGCAUUCGUCCAACUAAUUUGCAAUCCGCUCGUAGGCAAAUUAACUGUCAAAAUUGGCUACAAAAUUCCGUUAUGUGUUGGAAACUUUGUUUUGUUGCUCUGCUCCCUAGUUUUCGGAUUUGCGGACUCCAUUCCAUUGUACACCGUUGGUCGAAGCUGUCAUGGAUUGGCAUCUGCUCUCAUUUCUAUUUCCGGAAUGGCCAUUGUUGCAGAAUAUUAUCAGGAUGAUGAACAAAAUCGAACCAAAUUUCUUGGGAGGGUAAUGGGUGCCGCAGCACUUGGGGUUUUGUUAGGUUAUCCAUUUGGAGGAAUUUCGUUUGCAAUUUUUGGAAAAUCCAUGCCAUUUUUGUGCAUUGCUGCUCUAGCUGCUUGCAGCGUUGCUAUACAAUUGGCAAGAAUGGGGUUUGAAAUACGAAAAUCCAAGCUUUCUACGACCGAUAUGACGGAAAUGACAGAGCUGGCGUUAAUUAAGCCUGGAGUUGUUGUUGGCGUCGUCUCCACCUCAUUGCUGACGCUCCUCCGCGACAGAUCAAUUUUGGUGAUUGUGAUUGCUGUUUGGUUAACGACGACUGCGAUGGCUGUUUUAGAACCGACACUUCCGGUAUGGCUGAUGGAAAAUAUGGACCCUGCAAAAUGGCAGCUUGGUGUGGUAUUCGUACCCGACAGCUUGGGAUAUUUCAUUGGAACCAAUUGCUUCGGACAAAUUUCCCUUCGACUUGGACGAUGGAAAAUGUCGAUGGUGUCAAUGGCUACGAUUGGAAUUUCUUGUUUUAUGAUUCCUUUGGCCAAACUUGUGUGGCAACUGACUCUUCCACAUUUCGCUCUGGGACUAUCUUUGGGAAUCGUGGACGCCUCGUUGAUGCCUAUGCUUGCCUGUCUUGCGGACGAAUACCAUCAAGCGGGAUAUGGAGUGGUUUACGCCCUAGCGCAAACGUCGGUUGCAUUGGCAUAUUCUAUUGGGCCACUUUUAGGAGGCGAACUUGUGCCGAUUAUUGGAUUUCCAGAUUUAAUGCGAAUGAUUGGCUUCGUUAAUUUGCUUUUCUGCCCGGUGAUUAUUUUGUUGGCACACUCCGAACCAUCUUCAGAUCGAAGCCGGGACCAGGGCAAUUGUGGUGGGCAGUACCUGUCAUUUUCCAGACAUUUUCGAGCUAGAUCGUUCGAACACAUUAUUCAACCAAUGGAACCCGAACGCUAUCAGCGAUUUCAUGACGAGCUCGACUCGGACUAAUUUAUUUGUAGUUAACACAUUUUUAAUUCCUAUACUUCGUGUAGCAUUAGCAGUAGUAAAUAUAUAUUUGUCGUCCAUUAAAAAAUGUCAAUGACACGUAGCGUUUUAAUCAAAUAUAUUGAAUGUUAUAUCAAG